AUGCCUGAGGAACUAGAGGACGCUGAAAGCGGGUAUUUCCCUUCCAGCGACCGUCCGAAGUCCCCAAGCUCGCUGCACAGCAACGAUUCCAUGUCAAUACACUCGUCUCAGCCGUCCGCUAUGGUGGCGUCCUUGACCGCGCUGCAGUAUCUCCCAGUUCCUCUUUUGGUUCUCUCGACCAAUAAGACCGUAGUGAUCGCGAACGAGGCCAUGGGUCGCCUGCUCGGAAUCGACUUUGAGAGCACCGCCUACCAUGAUUUCUCGAUAACUGAGGUCCUACAAGAGAAGUCCAUGGGUGAGCUGGGUAUUGAUAUUCUACAAAAUGGGUCUCCACUGCUAGUGACCUGGGAGGAUUUCCUGGAUUGCGUGAUCGACGAUGCCCAGAAGAAUAGCACGAAUGAAGAAGAUGAUCAGUUGGAAAGUGGCAAUACUACACCUACUGCGCAUACUGCAAAUAGCCGACCUGAUUCACCAUCGAACCCUUCGUUGCCUCGUUUGAGCACCACGAAUCUAGCGCGGACGACUGUGCAUGAUGUUUCGGUAGAGGUGAUUGUGUCGCCUCUUUCCCGAGGCCCUGGCGGUGCUGUAACGAAGAAAGACAAGAUGCACUCACAACACGGUGCUUUCCAGGCCACUUGUAUCAUCUCGAUAUGGGGGAUAGAAGACACCCAGUACUUUACUUUGACCUUUACUAGUGCCACAACUACGCAGUCAGCAACUACAUCGCGCCCCUCGAGUCGAGUUGUCAAUCGCACUCAUACAGGACCGCACAUGAGCAAGUCGCGCGGCUCCGGGUCGAGCUCAUCUUCUGGUCGUCGCUCAGGAAGCAGCUCAAACAACGUAUCCAAAGCCGUCACACCUACCAUGCAGCAGCCGAUGUUUCCGCCUCGUGGCCCACCUUUGCUGCGUGAUUUGGACACCUCCACAACGUCGAUUUUCCAGAAGGCUACGCAGCUGAAGGAUGCCCUUCUUAAUUCAAUCAACAUGCCAGCAUAUUCCAUGUGGAAAGAUGAGAGCUUUGGGAUACCAAACAAUGCACUUCUAAGACUUUUGCCCAAGGAUGCAGUGUACACCUCAGGCGACCAGCGAGCGUUCCUUGCUCUGUUUCAGGUUUGGACCGAGGAUUUCCAGCAAAUGCUCGACGUCGAUGACUUUCCCAUUAUACAAGUAUGCAGAACACAGAAGCGCCUUGAAAAGGUGCGACUCGGUAUGCGACAACCAGGUACCGGCAGAGGCAUCGUCUUUGAAGUUACUGGGGAACCGGUCACAAAUCCGGAUACUGGUGACUUCUUGGGUGGUAUUGUGAUCUUCAAGGAUGUUACAGAGUAUACCAAGGCAAUAGCAGAAAAGGUGGAAGAGAACGAGAAGCAAUUCGAGUACAUCGCCAACUUCAUGCCAGUCAUGGUCUGGACAACAACACCUGAUGGCCUCCACGAUUGGUUUUCGCAACGCUGGUAUGAUUACACAGGCCUCACCGAAGCACAGAGUCUCGGCGAGGGCUGGAAAUUGCCCUUCCACCCUGAAGAUAUGGUUACAACGAAGGAUGUUUGGUUCAAGUGCCUCGAGACUGGUGAUGAAUACAACACGGAGUACCGAUGUCAAAGAUACGACGGGGAGUGGCGUUGGAUGCUUGGACGAGCGAUACCUUUCCUCGACGACUCCGGGAAGAUCAUCAAGUGGUUCGGCACUUGCACCGACAUACAUGAUCUAGUCAUGGCUCGGCAGGAGGCAAAGCAAACACGCGAGCAGCUGCAAAAGGUUAUUGAACACGCCAAAAUCAUGCUGUGGGCUGUUGAUCGGCAAAACAAUCUGGUCCUGAUGGAAGGCGAUUUGGGGCCAGACAGGGAUCGAAAGGACAUCCUCGGCAAAAACAUGUUUGAUCAGUUCGACAUGAACGCUCCAGAUCGCGUGCGUUGGAGAGAGCCGAUACAAGAGAUCCUUAAUGGAAAGGCGCAGGACGAGAUGGUGGAACGAUACAUGUCUUCAGAUCGGUACUUCCGCACUCGCCUUGUCCCGCGCUGGAGCAGUGUACGAACGGGGGGAGUUGAAGGCGAAAGAUUCAUCGAUGGCGUUAUUGGUGUUUCGAUGGAUAUAACAGAACUGCGGGAAAGAGAAGAUCAGCUGAGGCUGCAAGAGAAGGAGAACUCAAGAUUGCUGGCUAAUGCGGCGGCUGCCAGCGAGGCCAGUAGGAUGAAGAGUCAGUUCCUGGCCAACAUGUCACACGAAAUCCGGACACCAAUCGCUGGAGUAAUCGGCAUGAGCGAGCUUCUUUUCGACAUGGAUCUUGAUGCGGAGCAAAAGGACUGCGCGGAAAACAUCCACCGGUCAGCCAACAGCCUCCUGACUGUGAUCAACGACAUUCUCGACUUUUCAAAGGUCGAAAGCGGGCGACUCGAUGUUGAAGAAGUGCAGUUCAGUCUUAGUGUCGUCCUUCGAGAUGUCAACAAGAUGAUGUCUUUCGCUGCACAACGAAAAGGGCUGGCAUAUCACAGCUUUAUCGAGCCAGAAGUGGAACAAGAUUUGAGAGUCGUCGGAGACCCAGGACGACUCCGUCAAAUAUUGACGAACGUAUUGACGAACAGUAUCAAAUUCACAUCUGACGGAUUCGUAAAGUUGAGUGUCGCAAUCACUCAAAGAUCCAAAGAUUCUGUUACCGUAAAUUUUACGGUUCAAGACACAGGCAUCGGUAUCGAGGAGGAGGUUCGCAAGCACUUGUUCCAGCCGUUCAGUCAGGCCGAUUCAUCUACAGCUCGCCGUUUCGGCGGAACCGGCCUUGGGUUGACCAUCAGUAAGAACCUUGUGGAACUCAUGAAGGGUCAGAUCUGGCUUGAUUCCAAAUUGGGCCAAGGCACUACAGCUACGUUCUGGAUUCCGUUUGCGAAGGCGUCCUAUUCCGAUGACGGCUCGCCGUUGGUUGAUCUCGCGUCGAUCCCGGAUAGACUGCAGAGUGAUGUGUCGGUGUCUGUUGGAAGCUCUGAAGAUCACACCCCACCAUUGACACCUAGAGAGUCAGCAAAUGGGCAUUCUCGAAUGCAAUCGUUCCCCAUUGGGAGCAAGCUGCCGGAUCAUCUGACCAGUCUUCCAGAGAAUGAACGGAAGAAGACUCACGUAUUGGUUGUGGAAGACAACCACAUUAAUCAGCAGAUUGCCUUGAAGACGAUCAAGAAACUAAGUUUCUCGGUGAACGCAGUCUGGAAUGGUCAGGAGGUCUUGGACUAUCUCGCUCAGGACUUCACUCCAUCUCAUCCACGCCCCGACAUCAUCUUGAUGGAUGUUCAAGUCAGUAAAAAUCGCAAUGCAAUAUUGAUCUUGGAGCUAACGACUGACAUGCAGAUGCCUAUCCGCGAUGGUUAUUCAGCCACCCAUGCCAUCAGGACAGAGGCACCAUGGAGGGACAAACCUGAAAUUCGAGGUGUUCCUAUUGUCGCUAUGACAGCCAGCGCCAUUCAAGGUGAUAAAGAAAAGUGCACGCUGGCAGGCAUGGAUGACUACUUGGCCAAGCCAGUGAAAGGCAAGCUCCUCGAGAAGAUGCUUGUCAAGUGGGCGAUCGAGGGACGGCGGAAAACGGCGGCCGCAAAGCCAUCCGUAAACAUACCUGAUCGACAUGGAACGCCGUUCACCCUGGCGCCUCCGACCACGGACAGCGUUAGCGCAAAAGAUGGUUCGCAAAUCACGAGCAAGCCAGGUCCACCUGAAACAACGGCUUCAGCACUGACCGCUCAACUUGACCGGCUGCACUAUCAAAGCGAUGCAGCGUUCGCAAGGACAUCGGAGAACGAGGCAGACAGGGCUUUGAGGCGUAGCGAAGCUGAGGAGAGAGAUACGAAGCUACGUGACGACAAAUUGCUGUCACUCACGGGGCCGCAGCUUCACCGCCAUGGCACCGCUCAGGGGCGGGAGAAAGAACCUAGCAUGCCACUUACAGAGGAGAACAUGGAGAGGUUUUCGCAUGCCCAGGAUGGCGAAGCAAACCCACGAAGGUCAACGGAAUCUCCGGAAGCCAGGUCAGACGUUGUUAAUCUACCGCAUAGCCGGACACAGAGUAGGGCAGAGCAGCUUGCGCCUCGACCGUCGCUUUCAGAGUCGCGUCUUCGUGAAAGCCAGCAAACAAUUACCCCGAAGACUCUCUCCCCGAAUUGA